UAAAAUGUAUCAAAGCUUAAUUUAAAGUGGCGACCAUAAAUUUUAAUUAAUCGCGACAAGCGAAUAAGCAGGUGAUCGUCAUCAAAGAGGAGAAGCACCGGUUGCCUGGCCCCAGGUUCAGCCGACAUUUGUUGAGCGAGGCUCCACAGAAAAGUUUCCGAGUCGAGUUUGAAGCAUUUGCCUGUGGUAUUUUUGCAUUUUUCAUUUCGUAAUUGAAUUAGAAGAAAAGUGUUUGCUGCAUUCAUCGUCAUUUGCAUAAGAUGAACAUUUAAGCACAAAGUUUUAUUGCUUCAUAGUCAAUUAGUGAAAAGUGUUUGGCGUCAUGUUGAAUGGUGGAAUGGGUAAAAGUGUGCAAAAAUGGAUUGCUUGUUGCCUGAUACUAGGCAACAUCAAAACCCUUACAAUGGCCGCAACAAUUGCACGAUCCGAUACUAACUUGACCUCUGUCCUCUGGGCUCAUGCAGUUAAUAGUCAAAAACUGCUGGAUGAAGCGCUAGCCGGAAAGAUUGACAUGAUAGAAGCCGAUAUAGUGCUGGGGACACUGGAGAAUGACACGUCCGGGCAGCAAAUACCAGUUAUGGGUCAUCCUCCGGCCAAUGUGUCUGAUAUAACAUUGGAGACAUUCUUAACCAAAAUAUUGGAUUAUAACACUUUAAACCCAGAUCGACAGAAAGGCGUUAAAUUGGACUUCAAAUCGACGGUUGUUUAUGAAGGCUCUAUUGGUAUUCUGAAUUCGUUGUGGAAGAGAAUGACCUAUCCUGUCUGGCUGAAUGCUGAUAUUCUACCUGGUCCUGUGAACCCAACUAGUAUCCCUGUAGAUGCAAAUUUCUUCUUAUCUGCUAGCAAGAAUUUUUCUUCAGCGGUUUUGUCGGUUGGAUGGACAACACAAUGGGGACCGUCAUUCUCGGAGGGGGCAUAUAAUAGAUCUCAUGUUGAUGCUAUGAUUGGCGCCAUACAAGGAAACAACAUAACAGGAUCUAAGCAUGAAAUUACCUUCCCGGUACGUGCAGGCAUUGCUGCCCAAAGUUUAUCGGAGCUUCAGCGCCUAUACUCUUCCCUCAAUGGAACAAACAAACUUACCUUGACAAUAUGGUCAUCGGCUGGCGACAGAGUGGACAUUGAAAAACUCCGUGAGCUUAUUUUUGAUUUUGGUGUCGACAAGGUAUAUUUAGAUGUGCCAGAAGAAGUCUCAAGCAAAUUAGACUUGGGCCGAAAUGGAGCAUCUUCUCUGUGGCCAUCUUUAUUGAAAUUUAGUUUCAUGAAUUUGGCAAUGUUCUUUGUCACCCAGAUAUUGUCAACCAGAAACUGAGAAAAUGCUCCGUACUGGGUAUAAAAAGGAUGAAUGCAAAACGGUGGUAUUUAGAAUACUUUCUAGCUUCCUAUUAAAUAAUAUGAGAUUCAAAUAUGAUAUGCUGAGUAGAUUUAGUAUGUAGAAACUAAUUUUCUCCUCAUGUGCAAGAUGUAAAGACAGAACAAUAUUAAAAAGUCAAUUUAGGAAAUUUAA